UGACAAGAGCCAUGAAUGGAGUAUUUUGUACUUGAUGAUGGCUUGUAUGACAUAAAUUGUUUGGAGAAUAAAAUUUGCUGGAGUAUAAAUGUAAUGGUGAUGACGUGCGUUGCCGGAAUGGGUGAUACGGUGCUGCGCGAGCGGCUACCGGCUCUCUGGAGGAGAAUAGAGGACGCUCACUAUAGCUACCUUGAGACUGACGAAAGUCCAGAGAAAUUGCAGCAGAAGAAGAAACUUGAAGACUAUAUAAUCGAGUACCUGUCUUUAGUGCCUCAUGAAUGUAAAUUCGGUUUAUCGGAGACGGGAAAAGUCUUCCAGCGGACAAUCAACGAGUUACCCGACUUUAGUGCGUACCGCGCCGGCAUCGGGUGGGCGGCUCUGGCAAGAUACGCGACCAACCUACUCGCUCAGCCUUGGAGGAAGGAAUACAGGUCUAUCAGGUUGUAUUCUGGAUACUACAAACACGAAGUGGAAGCUAAUCUCGUCAGUGCCGAGACGCUUCUCCACGCGAUGGGCUACAAGCCGGCUGGGAGCGGCAGGCUGGUGUUGGAAGAGCCCAUCUGCCCUGACAUGGUAGCUGCGGUGUCUAGGGACGCCCUCAUAGCGCAUUGCGAAUGUCAGAUAAUGUGCCAGAUCUGGGAGGCUGUGUGGAGUAACGGAGUGCGCGCCACGUGGGCGGAGAUCGCUCGGCAGCGUGCGCAGCCCGACACGCAGCACGCCCGCAGCCGCGGAUACGGACACGAUUCAGACAUAUAUUCGAAUGUUCCUGUGACGGCUGCGUCAGAGCCCCCCCACCGCAGUAGAAUGGUCGACCCCCGAUAUCACGACCACUCCCUGCAGCAGUGCGGCUACCUGUGCGAGGACCCACACGAGGACUUCCCAGUCGUGCCGUACAUGGUGCCUCCAGCAAUGAUGUACCCGUACCAGCACCCGCACGAGGUUCCCGUCACCCUGCCCCAGUGCAGCACAGUCCCCAUGAUGACUCCCUACGGCGUGCCUUAUUACUACCCGGUCCAGGCCCCAUACAUGAUCCCCACGCCCGUAUAUCCCCCCAUAAAACACGCAACGAACGUACCAAUCAAUGGCUACCCUCCAGUCGCACAAUACAAAUAUCCCGCAGUGCCCACGGGACAACUCAUAGAAAUCGAAUCGAACUACGAGAACGGUAAAUUUGAGAGGUAUAGAGACGAAGACAGGCACAAGCGGAGACAGGAAUCUUCUAGGAGGAACAGCACUUCUAAGUCUGGCUUCAGUGACGUCACACUACCAAGUCUGCCUCGCUCUGACACGCAACCCACGCUAAGCAAAGCGAAAGAAGACGGCAUGGGCACCUACGAGAGCUGGGACUACGUUUUCAGAAAUUUAUCGAGUAAAGACCACGACGAGAGCCGGAGCAGGUUCUCUCCAUCUCUCGAUAGAGACUCCCGGACCUUGGACAGAUUGGACAGGGAAGAGAGGAGAGCCAAAUACCAACCGACUACCCUCGAUUUAGAGGACGGCCUCCAAGCGUUACACCUGGACCGAACUUACGACGAGGAGAUGUACAGGACCGCGAAAGUUAACGAAAAUCUAAUGAGAAUGAAACAGGAACAGGAGUCGAAACGAACGAAGCAACUCGCCAAGAAACAAACGGACGAGAGAAGGACGAGGAAGGCGACCGAGCCUAUCGGUAACCCCGAGGCUGACGCGUUGGUCCCCAACAAGGUCGCUCCGGAUAAAGUCAAGUUGCUGACGAAGAAGGAAAUCAAGGAGAGGAAGGACGUUAUCAAACAGCAGAACAGCGCGAACGGCCCUGUCCAAAGCACGGCCGAAGUCAAGAAAGUGAGGAAGCCCGCGAAAUUGGUAGCCCAGGAAAUCGAAAAACCAAAGGGCAAGACUGCAGAGAACGGCCACCAAAAUACAGCGCACUCUUCGAAAACGAAUGCAUCGUCGAGUCCGCAGAGCUACGAUCUGAAAGCGCAGCUAAUAGUGUCGUUAGACGAACCGGACCAAGUGAGGAGGUCGCCGCCGGGACAGAACGGCGAGAACCGACCCGCGAGCCGGACGUCAUCAUCGCACGAGAAAGAAAAACCGGCUAAUCAAACGAAAACCGGGAAAUGGGAAUGCGCCACGUGCACGUACUUGAACCGGGACGCGCUCGUGGCGUGCGACAUGUGCGGCAAGUCCAGGAGGGGCCCCCAGAUCGAGCCGCUCACGUCGGGGGGUCGGGAGUGCCCCGCCUGCACGCUCGUCAACCAGCGGGACGCGAGGGUCUGCGACGCCUGCGGGACCAGCCUGGAGCACUGCCCGACGUACAUAUAGGACGAUCUUGUGACGUGUAACUGUACUGAGAUCUUAGAACUUGUAUAUCAAGGUGGGUGGCGCGAUUACGUUGUAAAUGUCCAUGGGUUCCAGUAACCAAUUAACACCAGGUGGGCUGUGAGCUCGUCCACCCCUGUAACCAAUUAAAAAAAACGUAGCGACUGAACACACUCAAGAUGUUCCCAUGUAGCUUGUUACUGGUGGUAGGACCUCUUGUGAGUCCGCGCGGGUAGGUACCACCGCCCUGCCUAUUUCUGCCGCCGAAGCAGUAAGGCGUUUCGGCUUGAAGGGUGGGGCAGCCGUUGUAACUGAGACCUUAGAACCUAUAUCUCAAGGUGGGUGGCGCAUUUAUGUUGUAAAUGUCUAUUGGCUUCGGUAACCACUCAACACCAGGUGGGUUGUGAGCUCGUCCAUCCAUCUAAGAAAUAAAUAAAAAAUGCAACAUGAAUUUGAAGUGGACAAAACUUGAAAACUUGAAGGUACAUAAAAAUAAAAUUGUCUCCCUCAAUUCGAAGCGUUACUACAAGAUACACGUGCAUCUUAAAUUAUGCGUACACGAUUUAUAAUCUUAAUGACAAUGCUUUUGAGUAUAUUUUUGAAAAGCCGUGAAUUAUUGUAGAUGAUAGAGAGAGAUAGAUGAUCAUGUGACGAACGAUCGAAAAAAAUCGAUACAGUGUAACAUGUAAUUUUGCCGAUUAAAAGUCCUCAUAAAUCAUCGUUCCCAAGGACUUUCUUAAGUGUUCGAUUCCGCAAAUAUUUAGAUGAUUAUUUGAUUAAUAUUAGCUACUUUAAUAUUAACCUUAGCUACAUUUCUACGUUCUAGGUGGAAUAUCUUGAAUAUGUUCUGUCGUUGAAGCUAAAACACGACUAGAAAAACCCUAAUUAUAAAAAAAAUCAUAAUUUGUUUCGAUGAAGAAACGCGGCAUAUUUUUGUUAAAUAUGAUAUAAUAAUAUUUAUUAUUAAAUUAGUUUGUAGUUUAUAUUAUAAUAAAAUUUUCUAAUGCGAAGGCCUUAAUUUUUAGACGCCUUAAUUGUAUUAGAGUCGAUCAGCAUAACUUUGAUUUUAUGUCGAGCGAUAGAAAGUAUUGCACAAUUUUUUGCUGUUUUUUUUUUAAUUUUAAUUAGCCAUGUUAUAUUUAAAUAAUGCAUUAACAGAAGCUAUUUUUCAUAUCGUAGACAUUUAAAUUAUUUUUAAGUUUUUUGUUUUGUUUUCAUAAAAUAUUUUUGUUACUUCUUUAGUGUAUAUUUAUAUAUACUAUAUUGUAUAUAAAUUACUUUCCUAUGACGAACACUCAAUGUUUGUGUUAAAAUUUUGUAAAUCAAGCUUUCAUUUAAGUCAUUUAAAAAAAAAUCACACUAGUACAUCACUAAUAGAUAGCAGCUAGUGCUGUGCGUCUAUAAUGACGACACUCGUAAUAUCGAUAGUUUGAAGAGGGAAUUUCAUUUGUUUUUUGGUGAUGUUUUUGAUUUGUGAUUUUUGUAUUUUCUCACUCACUUACACAUUUACUGAACAUUGAAUUUUCAUUGUAUUAAUUAUCGUUGACUUACUGAAUUGUGCACUAGUCAGUGCUGAUUGCUCCGCCAACAUUCCUAUGAAGAAUAGGUUUGUUUGUUUCCUCUUUAGGUGUUAAAUAUCUGUGCAUAUAUUUAUAUACUAAGUAGAUACAUACAUAAGUAUGUAUAUCGAUCUCUGGUUUCCAUAGUACAAGAAAUCGUAGUCCGUCAUCGAGUAUCAAAAUAAACAAGUAUCGAAACGAAUUAGAUAAAUAGUUGAGAGAAAUCUAAAAUAUUAAUAAUAUGGUGUAUGAUUUGUAAUGGUUGAUCACGAUACUUUACAACGGAAUUUAAAUAAUCACUACAUAGUAUAAAACAAAGUCGCUUUCUCUGUCCCUAUACUCCUAUGUAUGCUUAAAUCUUUAAAACUGCGCAACUGAUUUUGAUGCGUUUUUUUUUAAUAGAUAGAGUGAUUGGAUAGGAAGGUUUAUAUGUAUAAUAACAUCCGUUAAAUAGUGGAGAAAUCAAUAAUAAAUUACAGUUUCCGAAGCGAAGCGAGGGCAGGUCGCUAGUUAUAAAUAUAUUGAGAGAAGUUUGUAAAAAUUGCUACUCGAAUAUCGCGUUAAUUUUCUUUCAAAGUUACACUUGAAACAAUAAUUCUUUAUCCGAUAUCAUCAUAUGAGUCGUCUAUUAUCAAAGGUGGCAAUCUGUACAUUUGGACAAAAAAAUGUUAUUGAUAUGUCAAUACAGAUUGAUUUGAAUAUAAUCGUCUCCUUCAAAGAAUACGGUUCAAAACCUGCAUUAAAUAAAGGUUAAUAGUUAACCUGUUAUUUAUCUAAGAUGUCGUUCUGAAGAGUUUUGUGACUGCCAGUGGAAUACAAAGCCAAUAAUUCGUUUUUCUGAUUUACCAAUAAUUGUCCAAAAGUCAGAUUGCCGGCUUUGAUAAUAGUCGACUAAUAUAUGCUAUUUAAAACUACUUAAUGAAAAAAAAAAUAGAAUGGUAAUGUGACCUCGGAUUUUGUUAAUUGUUAAAUAUUUCUCACAGAAAACUGUUUCGAGAAAUGAUGCGGUUUUAACAUAUCGACGCUUGAAAGGCAAACGUGACUAAGCGACAAUGCGUGAACUUUACAGUAGACUAAUUUAAAGUUGAAAUACCUGAAAAAAAAAUUCUAUUUUAACGAAUCUAGCUGUAGGAUUGAAAUGAUUUUACUAGACCUAGAAAUAUAUUUUUUUUGCGCAUCGAAUAUGGUUAUUGCCUAUCAUUUAUGUAUAAAGCAGUUAUUGUCACGCUUAGUCACGUUUGCCUUUCAAGCGUCGAUAUUAUGCAGUUUACUGAGAAGCGACGUUGCCCUGUAUUGGAAUCGUCAAUUCGAUGUGGAUGUCUCGUUACAAAUGUUUUUGUUGUAGCGUAGCGCCGGUCAGCUCUCAGGUAUAAACUUAACAUUUGCACUUGUCUUUAUAAUUACUAUUGUGUUGCGAAGGUCAUUCUAAAGACCGCUAUGUGAGGCCGUCAGCGCAAAGGUGGCCUAAGCUUACCAUAGUUAAUAUGGAGAUUCAUGAGAUUUUAAUUUUACUCUGCUUCGUAGGCAAAAACCAUACGCCCGAAAAUAAUGUUUACAAUGGCAUCUGUUAUCUAUGGGUGAAACUAGCGGUAGGCAGCGGCUUGGCUCUGCCCCUAGCAUUGCUGAAGUCCAUGGGCGACGGUAACCACUCAUCAUCAGGUGGGCUGGGUGAUCGUCUGCCUACAAGGUCAAAAAAAAAACUAGGGAUAGGCCAGUUUUGUAUAAAAACUUCUUUUAUGUUUUGAAUAAAUUGCAAUAUAUAAAUCCGAAUAUGAAAACUUGUGGGUUAGGCCACUUUUGCACUGACCGCCACAUAUGUUCAUCGGCUUUUGCAAGCCCUAGACCUACUUACAACUGCAUUAGCUGUUUAAUCCCGCGAAGUCCUCGACCAUGGAAACUGUAAAUUAUUCGUAACUUCAGAAAUGGUAUAAUGAAAAUUAUAAACUCAAGCUUAAAACGUAUAAAUAGUGUACAUUAUAUCUCUUAGAUAUUCCUCAAUUAAUGGCUUUUUUUAGCUGUUGCUUUAGCACAGGGUAAUUGAUGUGGUAAACUCGGUGACGAAGGCGGUGGUCAGCUCUGAAUUAGCUGCUUAAAUUGUAGUUAUACAGUAGUUCUAAUCUCCAAUAAUAUUCAAAAAUUGGGUUUUUUUUUUGGAAACAAACAUCAAGGUUGUCUAAUUAAUUAUUGGAGCCCGUGUGGUGCUUAGUGCGAGUUUUUGAAAUAACGCCCCUAGCGGCAAACGUAGGAAAACGUUCCAACUUCAUACAAAUUCGAGUUAGUUUUUACGCUAUCGAAAACGUUAAAAAACUCGCACUAAGCAUACUGGAGAUUCAAUCGCCUUUUCGCCUUGAAUUCGAAUUUUGGUCACCGUGGCCGAAACCGGCUUGGAAUCAUGAUGAUGAUGGCGAUUCAAUAAGGCUUGAGGCAUGAAAUCGUUGUACAAUUGAGACUUUGGCCUCAUGCCUCAAGGUGGGUGACGCUAUUCGCGGUUUUGAUGGGUUCCGAUAACCAUAGUACGGGGUAAAUAAUACAACAACAAAAAAACAAUACAUAAAUGUGUAAGUUGAGUCCCUCUUGCUUAAGCCUUCGUCAAACAGAGUGCGUAAUUAGCGCGCGUCAGAGCGCUAAAUUGACGCCGCGCUAUGACGCCGAGAUGUGUUGUACUACUAUGGUAACAUACCGUCAAACAGGGCCCCAGCGCUAUAAGUACGCAGCGCUCUGUCGCGGCAUUAGAACGCUUUGACGUCAGGCGUUGUAAUUUUUUACAAAUUUUAUUUUAGCGUCCGAGUGAAUGUGUAUUAAAAUACUAGAUAAUGCCCGAAAAAAUGAUAUAAAUAGUUAGAAAAUACCCAUGCUUAUACAAUGCCACAUCUGAAUCACUCGAUUUCUUAAUACUUUUAAAUUUUCACACUGCUAUCGAAAGGCACUAUGAUUUGGCGAAUGCGUUGCGUCAAGGAGCGUUAGACUCAUCUAGUCAAUUUGUGUGACAUGAAAAGAGCGCGACGUUAAGUACGCGGCGCUAAGUACGCGUUCUGUUUGACGAAGGCUUUAAUUACAUCCAAAUGUCCUGAUGCAACAACGGUUGUUAAGUUGCGUUCGUAUAAUGGAAAUUUACAAAAAAGCCAAAUGAAAAUGUAAUUUCCGUGUUUCACAUUAAAUACGCAUAAUUUGUAAUAUAUUAGUAUUAGUCUCGCAACACAUAAUGUUAAUUGGUUCGCCUUCUUCGAAUUAAUAAUAUGCUGCAUCUAAACACAGUUUGACAUACUGACUUUUUCUGUAUAUAUAAUUGUUGAAGUUUGUAAAUAAUUAAAAGUUUAAACUAUAUUUAUUUGUAGCAUAGUGAUUUGUCUUUUUCGUUUAAUUUUGUUCGUUUUGGACGUGAACUACGAAUUAUCUUAGCUGUAAUAAUGAAAUUAUAACAUCAUAUGAUGGUGCAUUUGUUAAAUAAAUUAUUUAUAAAAGUUUUUAAAGAAUUGCACAGUGUAAUUAUGAUGUAAUUAAUAUGUUAGUGUAUAGUUUACGAGUUUAAAGCACUGAGGACGUGUAUUUUUCUAAAAUAAUAUUAUAAAAUUACAAAAAUGUAGAUCUUUCUCAGGGAUGGAAGUUACUAUGGAACCUUGUGCUUAUUAUUGUGUUGCCUUUAGUUGACAGGGCGUGACGUCACGUCUCGAAAAAAAUUAAUGAAACAAUAAAGACUAUUGUUUUACAAAUACA